AACAUGAUUGGCGACGAGGAUGGGAUCCAGACAGCAGGAAAAACAGCAGCUGUUCGGGGUGGUGCCAUGCUCGGAAAGCUUCCAGAGUUCGAUCCGGACGGUGACAACUGCGAUGUUUUCUUCGAGCGAUUUGAGUGUUUUGCAGCUGCUAACGACAUCGCAGAGGAUAAGAAGUUGCAAGUGCUAUUGACGUCCAUCGGGGAGAAGGCAUACGUCACGCUGAGGAGCCUUCUUCUGCCGAAAACGCCUACCCAGGAGACGUAUGACGUGGUCAUCGCAACGCUGAAAAAGCACUAUACCCCAAAGUGCUCCGUGGUUACGGAAAGAUACCGUUUUAACCAACGCAAUCAAGAACCGCACGAAAGCAUCAGCGACUUCAUAGUAGGACUCAAGAAACUGGCUGCAACAUGUGAGUUCGGCACAUUUCUUGAGCAAGCCCUGCGAGAUCGUCUCAUCGCGGGAUUGUGUUCCGACAGCAUACGGUGCAGGCUUCUGGCGACACCUGAUGCAGAAUUAACCUGGGAGCGCACCUGCAGCAUUGUAGCAGCCAUGGAAUCUGCUACUAGAGGCACUCGGGAAAUGGUGGCGACCCUCGCAACAGGGACCCCCGUCGACAGCGACGUUCACUGGAACAAGGAAACGGCAGCUGGACAACGGCCAGCACCCGCUGGGGACUACGCACGGAGUUUCAUGCCGAAAACCACUCCAGCUGCAGGUACACAAGAGACUAAGGGGUGUCAUCGUUGCGGUGGGCGGCACUCUCCUGUAAGUUGUCCGUUCAUGAACAGCCGUUGUUUUAAAUGUAACAAGAAAGGCCAUGUAGCCAAAAUGUGUAAAACUAGGGCGCCUAUUCAUUGCCUGGCUAAUGAUGCAACGCGUGAUGAGUUGUUGACACUGUGUCACACAGACCGUAGGUCGGGCACGCCUGCCAUUGUGGUGCCGUUGCUGAUAAACGGAAAAAAGAUUUCGAUGGAGCUAGAUACAGGCGCAGCCGUAUCGGUAAUGUGUGAAACAGAAUGUUUAAAACAUUUUCCCGAUGCAAGUUUCAGGGAAACAGAUGUUAGGCUAGUCACCUACAAUGGCACGCCUGUCACGGUCAAAGGUAUUAUGGAUGUUGAUGUAGAGUACCAGAGCCAACACGUUCGCUUGCCACUAGUGAUUGCUAAGGAUAGCACAGGGGCUAGAAUGCCAACAUUAUUAGGGCGGGAGUGGCUAACGAAAAUAAAACUCGACUGGCUGAAUGUGGUACGGGUGCAGAACGUACGGGAAGAAGCACAGAUAACUGAUAAGUACCGCGAGGUAUUUCAACCAGGAUACGGGGCCAUUAAAGGGUUUCACGCUAGUAUUGUGCUUAAGAAAGGCGCUACUCCUGUUUUUUGUAAAGCGAGACCAGUGCCAUACGCGUUACGCGAGCAGGUAGAACAAGAGCUGCUUAAUAUGGAGAAGGCAGGCAUUGUGUACCGCGUGAGGCACAGUGCUUGGGCCACCCCACUGGUGGUUGUGCCGAAAAAGAAUAAUGGCAUUCGACUGUGCGGGGAUUACCGGGUCACCGUCAAUCCUUUCGUGGUAGUUGACCAUUACCCUCUACCGCUGCCUGAAGAUAUAUUCACCACGUUGCAAGGUGGAGCUGUGUUUUCAGUUCUCGACCUGAGUAAGGCGUAUCUGCAACUGGAAUUAGAUGAGCACGCUCAGGAACUGCUCACCAUUAACACGCAUAUGGGCCUUUUCCGGUACAGGCGCCUACCCUAUGGUGUAGCCUGUGCACCAGCCGCAUUUCAGGCGGUAAUGGACCAAGUCCUGAGGGGCUUGCAAGGCACGGCUUGCUAUCUUGACGAUGUCAUCAUAGCGGGAGUUAGCUACGAGCAGUGUCGUGAAAGAGUGGAACAAGUACUCAUGCGCCUAAGCGAAUACGGUAUCAAGGUCAACGCGGAAAAGUGCAGCUUGUUUAAAAAAAGAGUAACCUACUUGGGGCACGAAGUUGAUGGCAAUGGGUUGCACCCUACCAGUGACAAAGUAAGGGCGAUAAAGAAUGCACCCAAGCCAGACAAUGUCACGCAACUAAAGGCAUUUUUGGGACUGGUCAAUUUUUACGCAAAAUUUUUACCAAAUGUAGCUACAGUCCUGGAGCCUCUUCAUGGCUUGCUGCGCAAGGAAACCAAGUGGCACUGGUCCCGACUAUGUGACGACGCGUUCAACAAGUGUAAAACGUUGUUGACGGAUGAAAGUGUGUUGGAAAUAUAUGAUGUGGCAAAAGAAAUUCAGCUCACGUGUGACGCUUCAGAGUAUGGCCUAGGAGCCGUACUAUCGCAUGUCGUGAACGGCCAAGAGAAGCCUAUCGCUUUCGCCUCAAGAUCGCUGUCAGUGUCCGAGCGGAACUACGGACAAAUAGAGAAAGAGGCACUGAGCAUAGUAUUUGGAGUAAGAAAAUUCCACAAGUAUCUAUAUGGCAGGGCAUUCAACGUUUUAACGGAUCACCAACCACUGACGGCUCUUUUCGACCCAAACCGACAUUGCGGUGCCGUGGCAAUUGCCAGGUGGUGGAGAGUGCUGGUUCUCUUUUUCAACCUGGAACUGCAUAGCCGGACCCUACCUCCGCCAUCCAUCAUGCCUGACGACGUUGCUGCACAGCCGAUUGCUGCCACACCCCCCGCUUUCCGCUGCCCCGGCAUUCCGAAGGAACGCGACCCAGUUCUAUUCAACGGCACUGAUGAACAGGACGUCGAGGACUGGCUCGCUUCGUUUGAAAAAGUGACUGUCAACUGCCAGUGGGACGAUAACGACAAACUCGAUCACGUCCACUUUUACCUGAGGGGCGUCGCGGAGCUUUGGUUGAACAACCACGAGCCUAAGAUUACCACCUGGGCCUCUUUCAAAACGACCUUCGCAGACGUAUUCGGCUGA